GUCAAAAUACUCUUUUAACUGAGAUGUUACACGAAUCCAAAUCCGUCGUAACAUCACCUUUCACAAUUUUAUAUCAAAAGAAACAAUAAUAUUUGCUUGCAUCUUGGAAUAAACGCAGCCUAAACUGAAGUCCCACUUCUGGUCCCUCCGUCGCCGGCGAUUCUCCGUUGACUGAUUCAACUAACUUUAGUCACUUACUUGUACAGAGAGAGAGACAGGGAGAGAGAGAGAGAGAGAUGGCCACGUCAGCAUCUGCAUAUCAGAAGCUAUUGAGCGUAGGCACGAAAAUCAUCGGCGUCGGUCGUAACUAUGCUGCUCACGCCAAAGAACUCGGCAACGCCGUUCCCAAGGAGCCGGUGUUGUUUUUAAAGCCGACGUCGUCGUAUUUGCUGAAUGGAGGCACGAUUGAGGUGCCGUAUCCGUGUUUAUCGCUUGAUCAUGAGGUUGAGUUGGCUGUUGUUGUUGGCCGUAAAGCUCGUGAUGUUUCCGAGUCCAAUGCUAUGGAUUAUGUUGGCGGUUAUGCACUUGGCUUGGAUAUGACUGCGAGGGAAAUUCAGGCUUCUGCGAAGUCUGCAGGUCUUCCAUGGACUGUGGCUAAAGGGCAGGACACCUUCACACCAAUUAGCUCUGUUCUUCCUGAGUCUAUGGUGCCAGAUCCUCACAAUUUAGAGUUAUGGCUGAAGGUAGACGGAGAAAUUCGGCAGAAAGGAUCAACUGCAGAGAUGAUAUUUAAGAUACCAUUUCUUAUAAGCCACAUAAGUUCCCUUAUGACUCUUCUUGAAGGAGAUGUUAUACUAACAGGCACCCCACAAGGUGUUGGCCCUGUAAAAGUCGGUCAGAAGAUAGAUGCUGGUAUAACAGGGCUAUUGGACAUCCACUUCAACGUUGAGAAGCGCCAAAGACCCCAAAUGUAGUUGAAUAAUCAAGCCAAGCAUGCUUUAAUUAGACGGGGCAGUUUUAUCCGCAAAGAUGUGAUCAGACGAGUUACUUAACAAGCUUUUUGUAAUGCAGAUGUAUUUUCACAUUAAAGCGAAGAUGUAUCAAAAAAUAAUGUAUCAAGAAUGUGGUUAUGGACAAGUUGUUGCUAUUUAGCAAAUAGUAUGUGAUAAUGUAUUGGAAAUAAAUAUUUAGCAAAAAAAAAUGUAUCGGAAAUAGAUGCCCCCUUGUCUUUCAA